AUGCAUGUGUGCAAGACCUUUGGCAGUGGAGUCGUCCAGACGUUCAACGGAACGGCAUUCUACGUCCGCUCCACCUGUCCGUUCACCCUGACACGUUUUACUCACAACCGGGUGGACUGUGACAUCACCGUGCAUCGAGGUAAAAAUGGCCUACUGGACUAUAUCGAGAUCAACGUCAACAAGAUCCAGACCCGGAUCCUGUACAAUGGAACCAUCUUCGUCGAGCAGAGAAUGGUGUCCCUUCCCUACGAUCACACCUAUCAACACGUGUUCCAAUAUGGUAUCUACACCAAGCUGAGGAGCACUGUUCUACCUCUGUCUGUCAUCUGGAGCAGUGUGGGCGUGGGCAUCGACUCUCUCUGGGUGAAACUGGAGCAGGAGCUAGUCCGUGGAAUGACUGGACUCUGUGGACGACCAGAUAUACCAGAUGACCGUCAGCGAUUGAUUGCAGAGAGUGUUCUUUCAAAGGACGGGUGCCAGACCAUGGACUCCCUCCGCACUGAGAGCAUGGUCUGCCAGAAGUUCUUCUCCAACUACAUUGAAUGUAUGAAGGCUGACACAGGCAAAUACAUAAAUCUUUGUAAAGAGAAUAUUUACGGAUAUGAAAAAGAGCAUUAUGUAGGAUGUGCGUUCUACAAAGAAAUUGCCCAUCAGUGUCAGACCAGCUACGCUUGGAGGACCUUGACACGCUGCCCUGAGUUCAGUUGCCUAGGAGACCUGCUCUUUGAGGAGCAGGGUGAUGCGUUUGUUUCCACCUGUUCCAACCCAGCACCUAGAACCAGUGAUCAGGACAUCACCAGCACCUGUGUCUGCCCCCAAGGUCAGGUACUGAACGAUCGAGCGGAGGGCCAUGACUGUGUAAGUGUGACAGCCUGCCCAUGUGUGUAUGCCGGGAGGAACUAUGCACCCAGGGAAGAACGCAGAACGAAAUGCCAGACCUGUGUGUGUCACAAUGGCAAGUGGACAUGCUCUCAGAAUAGCUGCCCUAGAAGGUGUGUGAUUGAAGGGCAGUUUGUGACCACAUUCGAUGGAAAACAGUAUGCCCUUCCCGGUAAAUGCACAUACAUGGCUUCUAAGGGUUUUAAUUGGACGAUAUCCAUUCAGUUUUCUGAAAAGACGUCCUCUAUCCAAAAAGUGGUUCUUCAGAUUUACCAGAAUACCUACACAUUCUCUCACAAAAGUGUACAGUUUGAGAAAGAGGAAAUCCGAGACCUACAUCAGUCAGACAAUGCCAUGGUGUUCUGGCAGUCAUCCAUGUAUGUCCAGGUACUGACAUCCUUUGGCAUGAAGAUCCAAGUGCAGACGUCUCCAGACCUCCAGCUUUAUAUCAGUCUACCACAGAGUGAAGUUGGGAUGCCAGAAGGACUUUGUGGAAACUACAAUGCCGAUACCACUGAUGAUUUCAACACAAGCAGUGGUAUCGUAGAAAAUGCAGCGGAACCGUUUGCCCUGUCCUGGAGUGUAGGGGACUGUCCUGUUAACAUACCUAAAGUCUGCAUCAACACCGACAACGAAAUAUUUGCGGAUGAGAACUGCCACCCCUUGAGAGACCCCAGCGGGAUUUUCGCCAAGUGCCACGAUCACGUGUCCACUGACAACUACCACAAGGCUUGUAUCCAAAGAACAUGUAACUGUGGGACUGGGCUGCAGCAGUGUUUGUGUGUGGCCCUGGCAAACUAUGCCAAAGCCUGUGCCAACCAGGGCAUCACAGUGGGUGACUGGAGAAGGGCCACCAACUGCACGGUAUCGUGUGAGAACAAUCAGAGGUUUGACUACGAAAUGCAGGCGUGCAACAGCACCUGUCUCUCCCUAUCUGGGCCAGACCCCAGGUGUUGGGUGGAGGAUGCACCUGUGGAGGGCUGUGGCUGUCUGGAGGGCACUCAUCUGAACGGGGGGCUCACCUGUACCCCGAAGGCCCAGUGUCCUUGUCACCAUCAGGGAGGAGUCACACCACCAGGACCUGUUGUCAUCGAUGGACGACAGUGCAAAUGUGAGGAUGGAGAAUUGCAGUGCUCUGAGGAUUGUGUUUGCACCCAGGGGAAAGUUUGUGUGCAUUGCUCACAAUUGUCAAUAGACACAGCUCGAGAAACAUGUGCCAGUCUGAGCAAACCAACAAGUGCUGUUCAGAGUUGUACAAGUGGCUGUUACUGUCCAGGGGGCCAGUUGGAAGACCAUAGGGGUGUGUGUGUCACUGUGGACAACUGCACCUGUGAAUACAGCGGCAGAGUGUUCAAAGCAGGACAGAGUGUCAAGACCAACUGUAGAAUAUGCACCUGCCGUCAAGCCCAGUGGAGCUGUGUAGAUAAACCAUGCCCUGGUACAUGCCUGGUGUAUGGGAACGGACACUAUCAAACCUUUGACUCUAAAUGGUACCGCUACGAUGGGAACUGUCAGUACACAUUAGUGGAGGAUGGCUGUGGUAGUGGAGCUGGGUCGUUUUCUGUCAAGGUGGAGAGUGUCCCAUGCUGUGACGAGGCUCUGACCUGUUCCCGGACCAUCGUGUUAGACCUGAUGGGUAAAGUCACUCUGACUCUGAAUGAAAUGAAGGUGACGAGACGGCUCCAAGGGGGAUGGGCUUCUCUGGAGGCGGAGCCUCUGUACUCCACCCACACUGUGGGGCUCUACAUCAUCAUCUCAGUGCCUACUAGAGGACUAACCCUCAUCUGGGACAAACACUCCAGACUCACUGUCAUACUGGACGACCAUUGGAGGAAUCGAGUGUGUGGACUUUGCGGAAACUUCGAUUCCAACGAGAUGAACGACCUGCAGAUAAGUGGGUCAUCGGUGGUGUCCAGCCCCCUCGCCUUCGGCAAUAGCUGGAAGACGGCCACACCCCCUUGCUCUGACGUGACCAAUGAGGUGUUUCCGUGCCAGCGCCACUCCUACUGCUCCGCCUGGGCCGAGAGACGCUGUAUGAUCCUCAGGGGAGACACCUUUAAGGACUGCCACUUGAAGGUGGACCCAGAGCCCUACUACCAGGCCUGUGUGUUGGAGUCAUGCUCCUGUGAGUUUGAGGGGAAGUUCUUGGGUUUCUGUACAGCCGUGGCAGCCUACGCUGAGGCCUGCAGUGACCAGGACGUGUGUGUCCGCUGGAGAACGCCAGACAUGUGCCCGGUGUACUGCGACUACUACAAUGAGAAGGGCCACUGUAGCUGGCACUAUGAUCCCUGUGGACAGAUCAAGACCUGUGGCAAAAACAACCUCUUCACCGGCAAGCUGGAAGGCUGCUACCCGAAAUGCACAGCAGAGGCUCCAUACUAUGAUGAGAACACAGGGAGAUGCUCCACUUUGGACAACUGCACUUGUUAUUCCAACGAGACUAUGGUUAAGCCUGGUACAGUUAUCAGGAAACCCACUGGGAACUGCACUUGUGAACAGGGGCGUAUUAACUGUGAAACUAUAUUGACUACUACACCUGAAAUUACAACCACAAUUGAAUCUACAACCACACCUCAACAGCCCACUACAACACCUGAACCUACAACCACACCUAAACAACCCACCACAACAAGAACUACACCUGAACUUACAACCACAUUUACACACAGUUUGGAAUACACAACUGGAUUCCCAACGAUAGUUACAGGAUCUAAAACUACUCUAUCUAAUCCAUCUGAGUUAGUAGUGUGGAAUACUACAGCUGGUCAAACCACUACUGCAGAAGCAACUACAGCAUACACUGAAACUACAACUAAAUUAACAUCUACACAACCCACAACUACAUUCUCAUAUUCUACAACCAAAUAUGUAGAACCAACAUCUACAACCGAACCAACUACUUCACAUACUGAAAUGACAACGAAACCAUCAACUUCACAUACUGAAAUGACAACCAAACCAACUACUUUUACUGAAAUGACAACCAAACCAACUACUUUUACUGAAAUGACAACCAAACCAACUACUUUUACUGAAAUGACAACCAAACCAACUACUUUUACUGAAAUGAAAACCAAACCAACUACUUCAGAUACUGACGUUACAACUGAAUCAACAACUGAAGGACCAUCGACUGAAGCUACAACCCUGUACAUAAGUCGAACAACAACUUCCUCUACACAAUCUCCCACUACCUCUGAAUCAACAACAUCUACGGCUCCAACAACAAUGUCAACAACAAUGUCUACAGAGUCUACAACCACACCUCAACAACCCACUACAACACCUGAACCUACUACCACACCUAAACAAUCCACUACAUCAAGAACUACACCUGAACUUACAACAACUAUAUUAACUACUACAACACAACCCACAACUACAUUCUCAUAUUCUAUGACCAAAUAUGUAGAACCAACAUCUACAACCGAACCAACUAAAUUAUAUACUGAAAUGACAACCAAACCAACUACUUCACAUACUGAAAUGACAACCAAACCAACUACUUCACAUACUGAAAUGACAACAAAACCAACUACUUCACAUACUGAAAUGACAUCCAAACCAACUACUUCACAUACUGAAAUGACAACCAAACCAACUACUUCAGAUACUGACGUUACAACUGAAUCAACAACUGAAGGACCAUCGACUGAAGCUACAACCCUGUACACAAGUCGACCAACAACUUCCUCUACACAAUCUCCCACUAUCUCUGAAUCAACCACAUCUAUGGGUCCAACAACGAUGUCAACAGAAAUAUAUACAGAGUCUACAACACCUACAAUUUGUGAGUGUAGAGACCUGAAGAGGAACCAGAUAUGGGCAUGUGGAGAGAAGUGGACAGAAGACUGCUUCAAUAAGACGUGUAACGGUGGAAAGAUAGAGAUGACUUCGGUCAACUGUCCGUAUCCAGUUCGCCCCACCAUGUGCCCCAGGGGACAGAUGGUCAGAGUCUCAGACGGAUGCUGUGACUACUGGAAGUGUGAUUGUCGUUGUGACCUCUAUGGAGACCCUCACUACAUCUCCUUCCAGGGCGUGACCUUUGACUUCCUGGAUAAUUGUACUUACAUCCUGGUCGAGGAGAAAACGCUGCGUCACCAUCUGACUGUUGCCGUGGACAACUACUUCUGUAUUCCCGAGUUGGACGGCGCCUGUGCCAAAGGCAUCAUCCUGCAGUACCAGAACAACACGGCCACUGUCAGCAUCGUACCGGACGAGUACAGGGUGAAGUCUACUCUGAACCAGAAGACCGUCGAGCCUCCCUAUGAGGAGAAUGGUAUCAGGUUUGAGACGACAGGCUAUAUGGUGUCUGUAUACAUCCCUGAGAUCCGCUCACAUAUCUCUCUCACACCAUCCAACACUGUGACUGUCACCUUGGCCAUGGAGCAUUUCCUGCAUAACACCCAAGGACAAUGCGGUGUGUGCGGUGGGAGCUCUUGUGUGCGUAGAAGUGGGGAGACUGAAGCUGACAGCUGCUGUGAUAAGACCGCCUAUGACUGGAUCUAUGAGGACCCUCUGAAGCCUGAGUGUAGCGCUGCUCCCAGGGACGUCCCUUGCCAUCCUACUCCUCCAACCACAACCACCAGCUGUCCUGGCAGCCCCCUCUGUGACCUUCUCCAUCACCCAGUUUUUGCAGAUUGCAGUUGGCGGGUGGAUCUGAGCCAGCUUGAGAGGAACUGUAGGUUUGAUUCGUGUGAGAGGAACGACAUGGCUUGUUCUCCUCUGGAGCAGGCUGUUGAGGAGUGUAAGAAAGCAGGCAUCUGUGUGAACUGGAGACAACUCACCAACGGGACCUGUGCUGUUGGGUGCCCAACUGGGAUGGUGUACAGAGAGUGCCAAGGCCAGUUGGAUGACUACUGUCACGGAGGAGUACUGCAGGAAGUUAAGGCUGGAUGUUUCUGUCUCAGAGGACAGUUCAGAGCUGAAGAGCACAAGUACAUUUGUGUGUCGGAGUGUCCCUACUGUAAGGGUCCACUGGGAGAAAACAAGCAGCUUGGGGAGACAUGGCAGUCCAACUGUCAGGUGUGUAAGUGUAACCACCUGACCAAGACAGAGGAGUGCCAACCCGAACCCCCCUCCCCCUCUCCUCUCUGCAGUCAGAACUCCGUCCUGGUCUCUGACUGCUGUGGCAAAGAGACGUGUGUUGUGAAGACGUGUAACUAUAACGGAAGGACCUACAAAGUGGGAGACAGAUGGACAGACCUUGCCCUGCCCUGUGAGUCAUAUAGUUGUACCAGAGAAGGCACUCAGACAGAGAGAAGGGUGUGUCCCCAUCAGAACUGCUCAGAGGAGGACAGAGUAUGGGACGAACAACAUUGCUGCUACACAUGUAACCAGACCUGUGCUCCAAGGGUUUCUAGUGUGAACAUCACUGUAGACAACUGCACAGCAACACUACAACUGCCCAUAUGUCAAGGCCAGUGUGGGACAGAGACAAGAUGGGUUGUUGCUGGCAGUAUUCUCCAACUGGAACAGAAGUGUGAGUGUUGCAGAGUGAGGAGUUAUGAGAGGAAGUCAGUGAAUCUGACCUGUACACGGGGCUCCGUUAUGCACCACCUGUAUGCACAUGUUACCAGCUGCGAGUGCCAUGACUGCAGUAUAUUGCGGUAAACAUUGCCUUGUGUUCUGAACGUAUAUGCACACAAACAAAACAUUUAAUAUUGAACUGUUAUUAAGAUGGUGAAAAUUUGCCAAAUCCAUGUUUUUUCUAGAUUCUGCUACCUUGCUCCUUAUAAUAAUGUCUUGGUCUGUGUGUUGAGGGUAUACAGUAUGGUACGUGCAGAACAAUGUCUUACAUUUUCAUUAGUAUAAUAGGUUUUUCAGCUAGUGCACAUUGGUCGAAAGGCCUUUUUCUAUAUUGCAUAUACGCUGUUCCAGUGCAGGAAGUGGAACAUUGUAUGUAGCAUAUUGUUGAUUGUAUGUAUUCCAUAGAUUUCACAUAGGAAAUAUUUUACUGAUCAACCCAGCACUUUUUAAUC